AUACCUUUCAAAGCAGCGCUUCUAACUAACGGCUAUCUGGCUCUUAAUUCAAAAUUUAAUCUCAUCAUCAAAACCCUACACUGUCACUAACAUUCAAAAUUUCUCUCUCAAAUUCUUUCUGCAAUUUGUUAAUCUCUGAUUCUUAACAACGCCAUGGAAGAUCCGACCGUUGAAAAUAUGCUUUCAGUGAAUUGCGAUCACAAUACUCCUAAUUGCGGUCCAAUUUGUUCGUUAUCGUCCUCUUUUGCAGAAUUGUCUCUUGCAAAUAUGAAAUUACAAGAGACGGAUACUAAUCAAGAAGAAGGAGAAAGAGUUGAAAAAACUGCACAUUCUACAAAUGAGGAUAGUGCAUCUAGCAGAGACCAAGAGACUACUUCAGCUCAUGAGUCAACAUUGCCAAUAUUACAGAAAAUUAACAAUUUAAGCUGUCAAAUUCAAAAUCUGAAGAAAGAGCAUUCAAUUCUCUCCAAUCAGGUGAAGAAUGUUAAUACGGAAUCCUUUCCUGGCUCUGACAUCUUGGAAACUAUUCGGCUUCUCACUAAUGAACAUGAACUUUUGAAGAAGAAGUACUUGGAAGAGUCGUCUGAACGCAAACGACUUUACAAUGAAGUAAUUGAGCUUAAAGGAAAUAUUAGGGUCUUCUGCAGAUGUAGACCACUAAACCAAAGUGAAAUUGUCAAUGGUUCCAAUGGCAUUGUUGAAUUUGACCCAUCCUUGGAUAAUGGGCUGCAUAUUGUUUCUUCCGAUUCUUCAAAAAAGCAAUUUAAGUUUGAUCACGUGUUUAAGCCGGAAGAUGACCAAGAGGCUGUCUUUGCACAAACUAAACCCAUCGUGACUUCCGUGCUGGAUGGCUAUAAUGUGUGCAUAUUUGCAUAUGGGCAAACUGGAACAGGGAAGACUUAUACCAUGGAGGGUACCCCUGAUAGCAGAGGAGUGAAUUACAGAACUUUGGAGGAGUUGUUCAGUAUUUCUCAAGAGAGAAGAGGUGUUAUGCGCUAUGAGUUGUUUGUUAGCAUGUUGGAGGUUUACAAUGAAAAGAUAAGGGACCUUUUGGUGGAAAACUCCAACCAGCCGCCUAAAAAGUUGGAGAUAAAGCAAGCAGCAGAAGGGACACAGGAAGUUCCAGGACUUGUUGAAGCUCGUGUUCAUGGUACACAGGAAGUAUGGGAGCUGCUCAAGUCUGGAAGCCGAGCCAGAUCAGUUGGAUCUACAAAUGCUAAUGAGCUUAGCAGCCGCUCUCACUGUUUGUUGCGCGUAACAAUUAAAGGGGAUAAUUUAAUAAAUGGGCAGAAGACAAGGAGUCACCUAUGGCUGGUUGAUUUGGCCGGCAGUGAACGUGUGGGUAAGAUAGAGGUGGAAGGAGAAAGGCUGAAGGAAUCACAAUUUAUAAACAAAUCUCUCUCAGCACUUGGCGAUGUUAUUUCUUCUCUUGCCUCAAAAACAGGCCACAUACCAUACAGGAACUCAAAGCUCACUCAUAUUCUGCAGAGCUCUCUAGGAGGAGAUUGCAAGACCUUGAUGUUUGUCCAGAUAAGCCCAAGUGCUGGUGACCUUGGGGAGACUCUUUGCUCACUAAAUUUUGCUGCUCGAGUUCGUGGAAUAGAAAGUGGUCCUGCUCGCAAGCAGGCAGAUUUCACCGAGCUUUUCAAGUAUAAGCAAAUGGCAGAAAAGCUACAGCAUGAUGAUAAAGAAACAAAGAAGUUGCAGGACAAUCUGCAAUCUUUGCAAUUAAAAUUUGCUGCCAGGGAGCACAAAUGCAGAAGCCUUCAAGAAAAGGUUCGGGAACUUGAGAAUCAAUUGGCAGAGGAAAGGAAGACGAGACUAAAGCAGGAAACGAGAGUCUUUGCAGCUGCCUCUUCCCAGUCCUCAUUGCCAUCUGUAAAGCAUGCAGCUGUAGAGAAGGCCAAGAUAGAGAGGAAACCUCCUUUAGCUCCCUCAAAUCUGAGGAUGCCACUGCGAAGAAUCACCAAUUUUAUUCCUCAUCCAUCUCCUCUCCAAACCAAGAGACGCAAUUCCACUGCUUCCGUUGUCCAUCAACCUUCAGUGCAGGAUAAAGAAAAUAUUUCAAGAAAUAAUCCAACAGCUAUGAAAAGCCUUAUGCAGCCAAGACGCAUUACUAUGGCCAUCAGGCCUUCUCCGAACACAUCUGCACAGGUUCUUCAGCCCAGAAGACGGGCAUCUGUGGCUACUCUUCUUCGCCCAGAGCCCAACUCAAACUGGACAACGCCGCUCCGUACUUCUGCUGUUGGCCGGCAGUCGUUCAUAAAGGACUCAAGAAAGCCGAGAUAUUCAAGAUUGUUCUCUCCGUUGCCAGAACUCCAGUCAACGUCAGAGAUGACACCAACAACUGCCAUGAGAAGCAGUAGUAAAUUCAGGGGGAGCCCUCCAACACAGGCUGGUUCGUGGAGGCCGAGGCAUCCUACAGUUGUUGCAUUGCAACGGAAAUCGUUGGUAUGGAGUCCUCUUAAGUUGAAAGCACCCAAAAAUUACAGAAAGUCAUCGUUCUUGCCUUUCCGACCCUCGACUCAGAUGUAAUGAAGCAUCUAACUUUUUUUUUUGAUGAAGGAUUUUAUACUUUUUCUCUCAUUUGUUAGAGUUAAAAGAAUGUAUGCUUCUUGCCUACUAAUCCUUCAAUUUGUAAUAGACAUUGUUCUGAGUUUCUUACUAAAAAAAACUAUUAAUGAAG